GAGAUUUGUAAAUUGUCAUCCAGUUUAAAGUCUUGUUUCUGUGUCACAGGGAGGAUCGUCCCCUCCGCCUUCGUUUGUCCAGAUGUCAGGUUCUCACAUGCUGCCCAGCUACUACGGGAUGAGGCGUCCCUUCAUCUCGGACUCAGACUUCUGCCAGUCCACCAAGCAGUUCUCCCCCGACGUCUACUCGCCCUCGCUGGGCGGUAAACCUCUGGGCUGCGAUCCGUCCUCCAUGACCAGCUACUCCUCCUUCAUCGACAGCUACUACCCGGAGACCUUCGGAGACUACCGCAGCGCCGCCGCCUUCUCCAGCUCCGGAGGAUCCUUCCUGCCGUCGUCGGCCCUCUCGUCCCUGCUGCCGCCCUACGGAGCAGAGUCCUCGCAUUUGUUUCUGAGAGACUCGUGGGAGCAGUCGGUUCCGGAGCCGGUGUCCCAGGUGGAGGCUCUGUGUCCGGACAGCCUGUCCUCCGUCAGCGUCCCGCCCUCCAUGCCCAGCCCAGAACCCCCGGGGAGCCCCUCCCAGUACCGCUCCCCCAGCCGGGGCUCCUCCAUGGGGCCCGGGAGUCAGCCCUACACCCUGCACCCGCUGGAGGAGGCCCACUACCACCCUCUGACCUCCAGCAGCUCCUACCCGCUCCCCUCCGCCCCCUUCCCCUGCCCGUCCUACAUGAGCACCCCCAUCAGCGACCUGGUGACCAAGAUGGUGACGGAGGAGGCGGCUGACGGCCACGCCGGCCUCUCCUCCGGCGGCGAGGCUCACUCCUCCUGGGCCAAAGAGGACGGGGUGAGCUCCUGGUCGCCCUACGAGAUCAGGAGGGCCUACUGA